CUCAGCCCCCCCCCCCCCCCUCGCCUAGGGUUCGAUCGGCCAGCCAGAAUCCUCACGCCCUCUUAUUUGUUUCGUUACCAUCCAUUUCUCGUCUCCAAUUUUCGUUCGCUCGAUUUGCUAUCGCUGCAUCUGAUUCUGCCCCUCUGCGGAACGGAUUGGGCGCAGCAGCAGGGCGUGAGGUUGCCGGCGCCGCGAUCCGAGCUCCAUCCCCCGCGGAUGCAGUACCAGCACGGCGGCAGCCGCAGCCGUAUGCCGCCGUUCGCGCGCGGCGGCGGCGCCUACGGCCGCGGCCCGAAGCAGUUCUACCCGCCGCCGCCGCCCCUCCCGGCCGCUGCGCUGCCUCCGCCUCCGCCGCUGAACAAGUAUGAGGUGCUCUUGGAGGCCGGCCGCCUCGCCGCCGAGUACCUGGUGGCGAAGGGCGUGCUCCCGCCGGGCUCCCUGCAGCAGCGCGGCGGCGCAGUCGGUGCGGGGGGAUGGGGCCAGCUGCCACCGCCUCCUCCGCUGCCGGCGGGGCAGGAAGCCACGACGUACUACAACGCCAGGAGUGGCCGACGGCAGGUCGAUGAUGAGUGUGGUACUCGUAACGCCCGCUCGCGGCGGAACCGUGGUGGUGACUACAGUAGCGGCAACAGCAGCAACUACAAUGGAAGGUGGAAGAGAAAAUUUGGGGCUGAUAAUAGGUAUUCGGAUUCAGGGAGGGACAGGGGCAGGAGCAGGGGAUAUUCAGAUACCCGGAGUUAUGAAGAGGACGAUGAGGAUGGGGCUCCUGGGUUCAAACGGGAGCGGCGAAGCAGUGGUGGGAUUGAUGAAGUUGGGAGCAGCGUGUCAGGGCUGGCUGGGGAGGGGCCAUCAUCGAAUGUGGAGGCGAUGGGGGAGUCGAAGCUGGAGGAUACUGGACCAAAGGCUAGUUCUAACAGCAAUGUUCGGCAGAAAGCUGAUGCUCGGCAUGAGGUGGAGGAUGAGAAUGAGGCAAAUAAAAUGCAGGAGGACAGUGUGGUGUCUAAUUCAGAAGUAGUGGAACAAACAUUGAAUUGUGAGGGUAAUGACAACAAUGAUUCUUCUGGUGUUGUUCAAGAGGCUGAGACAAAACAUUUGCCAGUAUCCUCUGGUGAAAAAGUCUCAGAUGGGAGGCCAGAAGAUAGUGGCAUUCUGAGUGAGAAGGUUCAAGAUGAUAAGACUUUACACGAGAAGGCUGAAGAUGAUACGACGUCAGAUGAGGUCUCCAUUAUGGAGAACAAUUUACCUAAUGAUCCUAGAAAUUUACUAAACUAUUGUAGUUUUGCAAGAGUUCCGACAAGACCACGAUCAGUGCUUCCAAACAGGAACGCACGACCAGCCCAAAGAGAAUUUCCUAUGUCUGGACAGGGCAGUCUUGUUACCACUGAAGAAAUGUCCCUGACGGCAAUGGAUGGAGAAGCUAACACCAACUCUAUGACUAGUAUCCAGGAAGACAGCAAAGAUGAGGUGGUCAGACAAGAACAUGCUGAACAAAGCACUACAUGUAAUCAUGUGGCAGAAUCAGUGACAUUCAAUGAAAAGGGAACACAAGGUGAAACUGAAGAGAUGGAACAACAGAAGAACAUCACUCAACAUUACGGUCUUGAGGAUAAUAAGGAGUCCAAUGAAUUGUCUCCUUCAUUUGCUUCUCACCAGAAUAGCUUCAGUUUGCAAGUUGAGGAAGGAAUACAAAUUUACAAUUUAGAUACCCCACUACAGGAUGAAGUGUUGAUCGAUCCACCCGAUAAAGGAGAAACUGUUGAUUCUGAGUUAGUACCUAAUACGCAAGCAGAAGCUUCUGUCACAAUAGAAGAGGAAAAGCUUGGUCAGUCUAGCUCAUUUAAAAUAUGCGAUCUCAACCUGGUUGGUUGUCCAGAGGUUGCUGACAUGCGAGCUGAUCCUCGUUUAGGCCAAAGCUCCACUGCUGGAUGUUCAGUGGAGCAACAAGAUACUCAGCAAGUUGACUUUGAAACAACUCUCGGUAACAAUUCAAGUAGUACUGACACAUUUUUAUUGGGAAAUAAGGCAGUUCAAGUUAUUGAUAUCCAAGAUGACCCACCAAUUGAAGCUGGUGCUUGUGACACUUCAAAAGCAGAAGGUGAGAUAGUGUAUUCUAGCAUGGAGAACAUGACGAACCCGCCCACGAACACCGAUGCCCUUCAUGGUAUCCAAGAUGGUUAUGGUCUUGCGAUUUCAGAUUACCUUGGUGCUGAUAUGCCAUGCUACCAAUCAAUACAAACAGAUCUUCAAGCUGGGAUGGACCUAAAUGGUUCAGAGGGCAUAACUGUCGUGGAUGAUUCAAUAUAUAGUUCUCUUAGUGACAUAAGUAACUUUUCUGCAUCUUCAAUUAGUCUUUCUACAAUUAUGCGCUUUAUAUUGUCAUUUUGUUGGUAGAUGUGUAUUGCAUAUUUGUAUGCCGCGAUGGCAGGAUGCCUCCAUUUGUGGCUUUGCUGACACUCUUAGUUUUCUUUUUGCUUGGCUGUUUAAAACUUGAAAAGGACACAAGAGAUAGGCCUAAGCUUUAACUUCUUAAUUUUCUAAAUGAGAAAACAAGGGUGAUACGAGUAAGAGACAUAUGUGGUCGUUACAUUUUCCAAUCUCCAGAAAUUCAUGCAAUACAUAUAUAUUGAAAUUGCUCACGUCUAGCAGCAUAUAUAUUUUUUUUAAUCCAAUGCAGAUACAUAGUUCCAAUGGUGCAUUGGGAGGUAGCUUUUGCCAUCUUUUUUUUUUGGGCCGACUGGCCAAGUAACCAUCUAUAGUCUGUGUAACUUCCUGUGCUGUAUAUGUCAACCGGGAAAUCUAAGAAGGGUAAUUUAAUGUAUGAUACUCUCAUAAUUUGAGUCGUUUCUGGUUGUCAUUGCCCAGAAAUGUGACUCAAACUUGUGUAGUUCACGGGAACUGUUUCUUAGCAUGUUAGAAUGCAUCCUGUCCUAAGAUCCUUGACCUUUGUUGAAUUUCACUCCUCUUGAUUUCAGGUUUUAUGGAGGUUUGGGACCAGCAACCUCAAGACUACGAGAAGUUCUUCUGAGGAAGGAACCAUGGUGCUGAAACUGUGGCAGAGUUUGAAGAUAAAUACGACUUACACAACAAUUGCAUAGAUAGAAAUAAAACAGCAGAUUGUGCCUAACACAUAUAAUUCCAUAUGCCCGUGCGGCAGCAGCAUGCAUUAGAGACUGUCAGUUUCUCGCUUAGAUCCAUAAAAUUUUAAACGUUGGACAUGGAAACUCUCUAAAAUUGCAUAAAAAGUUUUUAACGUUAGACAUGUAAACUCUCUAAGUAUACUGUGCGACUUACUACUGAUUUAUAUCCUUUUAGAAACAAUCCUGCCUAUAUUGUGUGCCAUUCACAUAUAGGAACCAUCAUGCGAGGUAAAUAUAAAGAUGGGAAGUUUGGUGCU